UUAUGUCUAAAUAAAAAACAACGUCUGGAUGAAAAGGGGUUUCUCUAGAUUAUUUCUUUGCAAAUGACCAGAGUAUAUUCAAUAUUUCCUUCUAAUCACACAAAAGCGGCAAGAAGUUCAGCUCAACUGCUAUGGCCCGUAAUCUUGGAAUAGGGUUACUCCUCAUGAUUACAGUCGUGAGCAUACAAGUGCAAAGCAAGCGCUCUCCAAAUAUUGACUCCGUCUGCCUUGGCAACAUGCUUCGCUUGAGUAUCGGACCUCUCAAGGGGAAAGCUCUGGAAGUUGAUGCAAAGAAUGCCUCUCAUAUCCUGGCCUUGACACCAAACCUGGCCUCUAAGUGUGGAUUCAGUGUAAAAAUGGAUUCAAUGGGAAAUGCCAUGGUCUUUGCCUCCCUUCAAAAUUGUUUUGUCCAAAAUUCGGAUGAUGAGACAUUUACCACAGUCACAUACCUCAGACUAAAAGGGAACAACAUUACCAAUGAUGAAACAUACGCAGUAGAAAAGACCUGUACAUACACUCCUUGGGCAUUCCGAGAGAUUCUCUGCGAUCGCAACUACAUGGAAGUCUCUGUCAGAAGAACUGUCCUCGACAACCCCCUGCCAGAACAGUCCAACGCUAAGAGCUACACGAACCUAGGACGCUUCCGAAGAGCAGCCAAUCCAAAGACUGCUACUGCUUCAGGUUAUAGCGUCACUACAGUGGUCUUCACGAUUCCGGAACAAAGGGUCAUGAAGAUUGACCAAGUCCAAAGAACUGGUUAUGGUAUAACCAACACUCCCACACGACUUGUUCUGCGAAGCCCACUUAACGCACCAGAAAUGUUCUUCCAGAAUGUAGCAGGGGUACCAAUGGCUGUGCUCAAAACCUCCACCAUAUUGGAGAAUACAUUGUUGUCUACUCAAAUAGAUUCUUCUGUUGCUUGCCCAACACCAGGAAGUGUCUCCUUUACGCCAAAUAUGAUCACCUGGUCUGUGCCCCAGCGCAUCGACCCUCUGGUAUCUUCCUGCAACUUCCAGCUCAAGGAAGUGUUCUUAGGGGUGGAAGGCAUGAGGCUGAGCCCCGGUGAAGUCAUGGCCAGACGAUACUCCUUGUCGCUGAACAAGAUGCAUAUUAUCCUUCAGAUUCCAGUUGGUGCUGUUGGAGGUUACUUUAAAAGCCAUGUCAAAAAUGGUCAGUACCUCACCACAUACUCUAUUGAGCCCAUGCUUGAGAUUCUGUGGACUGAGGAUGAUCCUCCUAAAGACACUAGAUACAAAGUCCUCUUCCCAAUCACCACUCCCUUUAUAAUCAGCCCUCUACAAUUGGUUGACCGUAUUGUUCCUGAAGAGGGGGUGUUCAAGGUGGAAUUGGGGACUUUCCUCCAAGAUGUGGAGCUGAUAAACAUCACAUUUCUUGAUGGGGUCCUUUCUGUAGCUGAGUGUAAUGACCGAGGUUUUAACAUUGAAGAACUCAGUUUCCCCAAUGGGUCAAAGUCCAUUGCACUUACCGUGCCCUUCACUGACCGUGCUGUCUUAAAUAAGAUGGAUGCUCGGAAUGUCAUCUACACUCUUCACAUGGUCUUUGGCUUGGUGGUGUUGCCUGAGUAUUCUUCAUUUACUUACACUGCAGUUACAGAAGUGUCAGUGAAGGGAAUUGUUCCAGCUUAUAUCACUGGAACCUGUGAUCAUGAGAACUUUCAUGUCACUGUCAAGUCUGGGAAUCAAGUCCAGAACUUAAGAAUUGUAGUCGGGCAGCGUCUGCUGACACCUGAGAUUGCUGAGCAGUAUCGCAUUGUUACAGAGGGUGCACACAUCUUUAUCACUGUGCCGUUCUAUGCCCCCGAUACUGUAUUUGAGGUGAUUGAGUCGUUGUCCAUCCGAAGCAAGCUACACGUGUCUCUGAGAGAUCCAGUCACUAUGAACAUCCAACACUUCUCCUUGUCUUGCAGCUUCCUCUCUGCACUGACUGAAUGUUUUGCCAAUGGGACGAUUGCUGCAGUGGCUGCAAAGAUUGAAUCUGUUCCAAGUAUGAUUCCCAGUCAACUGACCCUAAAAGACCCUGCCUGUGGACCAGCCUACAGCGAUGACCGCAUUGCUCGUUUUCUUUUCACUGGACGCUCCUGUGGCACCACUAGAAAAUUUAUAUCCAGUGUCAUGCUGUAUGAGAAUGAAAUCUCAUUACCUUCUAAACCGGUUGCAGCAAAUGGAGUCCAGAUGGAAGAGCCACAAUAUAUGUUGAAAGUUUUCUGCUACUAUAUGGUAAAUGCAACACACAGUGCAGCCUUCCUCACCAACCCACGCAACAAUGACCCCCAUGUUCAUACCACCAGAAGCCAACUGCGGGUCAUAAUGAGACUUGCUCAAGACAUCUCUUACAACUUGUUCCAAGAGAUGGAGGAAUUCCCACUUGUGUUGAAUCUGAGGGAGCCGCUGUAUUUUGAGGUAGAGGUGGAGGUGCCCAUGAACUCUGAUCCUAGGGUGGUGCUGAAGUUGGAGUAUUGCUGGGCUACCCUCAAAGAGGACAGGAAAUCCCAGCCCAGAUGGAACCUCAUCAUUAAUGGCUGUGAGAACACAGAAGACCCAUUCCAGGUUGUAUUCCACCCUGUGUCAGCGGAUGCUCGAGUCCAGUACCCCUCUCAUUUCAAGCGAUUUGAGGUCCAGAUGUUCUCCUUCAUGGAUGAGGACAACCCAAGUUACCUGGUAUAUGUCCAUUGUGACGUGGUCAUCUGUGAUGACAAGUUUCCCAGUGAUGGACUCUGUAGUGAGCAGUGUGUAAACAAGAAAACAAAAGGUCAAAGACGUGCGUUUUCAGAAGGGGACAGUACAGAACAUGUCACAUCAGGACCCAUUCUGAUGUUCAAAUAAAGUUUUUAUAGACUAUUACAAUAUCUAUUCAGUGAAGUGAAUAAUGUUUUUUGCUAUACCAUCGCAAUUUGAUUUGAGGUUAGCGGUCGUGGAAUUAUGAAUUGUAAUUUUGAGGCAUUGAUUAGCAGGAAAAACUGACAAUGGGCCCCUUGGUGUUUCUAAAUGAAGAAAAACUGGAAACACUAUGCCAGGUAUUCUGACCCUACCCCUGUUAUUCAACUGUUAACCUACACAAUACCACAUAAUUACACGUAUGAAAUGUAUACAGUAUUCAGAUCCUUUAGUACUUUUGUAAACGGUGUCUACAACUGGGUCUUUUUUAGUAUGCCUCUCUUUUCAGACCCCUGGACUUCCUUCAGGUAGACUCACUGUCAAAUUGGAUUAGGAGUUUUUUCUGCAUUCAUGGCAAUUAAACCAGAUUAGAUUUAAGUGCAGGACUUCUGGCAGGUUGUUAUGUAUUUGUAAGGAAUGACUUCUAAUCCCCUCUACCAUAAACACCUGAUUGAUGGAUUGCUGCAGAGAUGGCCAUUUUUAUUGCAGGUUCUCCAGUCUAUGCAAAGGUAUUCUCAAGUUUUGUUACACAAUUGGGUUUUUGGUUGUGACACUAACCAAUGCUUGGCAUUCAAUACUUUAGCAAAAAAUAAAUACAUUUGUACCCAA